GGUGUCCAUUGCGCCAUCGGGGCAAUGCGGAGUUUGUACUGAUGAAGAAUCAACGUGGGACUUGAACAGAAUUGAGAAAGACACUUACUGAGGACUCGUCAUUCGAAAAGAGCUGGGAAGAAUUGAAGAACAAUGUCAUUGUUUCGGAGCGUCUCAAAGUGGAGUUUAUAGAAUACCUGCAACAAACCUUCAUUGAAAAUGCAGAUUCAAGGGCCCCACUCAGACCUACUGAAUCAGAGCAUCUGGGAACCGAGGGACCCGCACGAACCAAUUUAGGCCAUGUCCCUCGGUCUCAGAUUCGCCACUGCCAUGGCCAGCCAGUCGCAGGGCAUUCAGCAGCUGCUGCAGGCCGAGAAGCAGGCCGCCGAGAAAGUGUCAGAGGCCCGCAAGCAAAAGAACCGGAGGCUGAAGCAGGCCAAAGAAGAAGCUCAGGCUGAAAUUGAACAAUACCGCCUGCAAAGAGAGAAGGAGUUCAAGGCCAAGGAAGCUGUGGCUCUGGGAUCCCAUGGCAGCUGCAGCACCGAAGUGGAGAAGGAGACCCAGGAGAAGAUGACCAUCCUCCAGGCCUACUUCCAGCAGAACAGGGAUGAAGUCCUGGAUAACCUGCUGGCCUUUGUCUGUGACAUCCAGCCAGAAAUCCAUGAAAACUACUGCAUAAAUGGAUAGGGGAGGAAGGAGCAGCUCUGCGUGCAGAUUUGCAUGUUAGAUGCCUUCAUGGAAUACGAAGCUUCAGCAAAGCUUGAGUAGUUACAUCCUUGUGAAAAGGCAUUAAAUUAUUUCUGUAUAUCAUGUAGUAGGUCCCUUCACUUCUUGGAGAAUAGCAAAUCUAGCUUCUUUGUACAAACGUAGAGCUUAUCCAAAGAUUUUCUCCUUUUACCUCAUGUUUCUUAGAAAUUUAAUGUGUGUAUGUUGUCUGUUUUCCUAUGCCUUUUAGCUCAAGCAACAUAUGUAUCAGUACUUUUUCUUUCUUAGAUGUAGUAAAAAAAAAAACCUGUUUAAAGAAAGAAAGGGAUUAAAUUUUUUUUUUUCCCCUAAAGCUUUCUUGAAGGUCAGGGGCUUUCUCUAUGAAAAAGUAGUAAAUAGUUACUGUAAAUUGUGUGAAGCAGCAGCCGGCCUUAAGUCGUCCUUUCGGCUAAGGGUGGAACAGCGCAUACUGGUAUAUAUUGUUCGGGCUGCUCUUAGUUUCUCUUAACCAAAAUUAUUAGAUGAUAGAAUUCAAGAACUUGUAUGCAUUUCUUACUUGGUGUACUGAUAAUCAUUUGAAAGUAAAGACUUUUUUUUUUUUUAAAGAUUUUAUUUAUCUGACAGACACACAGCGAGAGAGAGAACACAAGCUCAGAGAGUGAGAGAGGGAGAAGCAGGCUUCCUGCUGAGCAGGGAGGGGGCUCGAACCCAGGACCCUGGCAUCAUGACCCGAGCCGAAGGCAGACGCUUAACGACUGAACCACCCAGUCUCCCCGAAAGUAAAGACUUUGUCAUGCAUUUCCACAAAAAUAAAUAAAUAAAUAAAUAAAUAAAUAAAUAAAUAAAUUGUUGCGGGAAAGAGUAUCUCAUCACUGAUAUUGUUUAGAAUUGUUGGAACAUGUUGAUAAUAAA